AUGGCAAAUAAAAAGAAUGUGCUGUUGAUGGUCGCCGAUGAUCUCGGCAAGCAACUGAGUUGUUACGGAGCAUCGACUAUCAAAACGCCCAACAUCGAUCGUCUGGCUGGAGAAGGCACUCAAUUCGAAUAUGCUUUUGCCACUACCGCAUCUUGCAGCGGUAGCCGCUCUGUGAUCUACACAGGUUUACACACCCACCAAAACGGCCAAUACGGACUCGCCAGCCACCGUCACCAUUUUGUCACGUUUGAUCACGUCGAGACUGCACCACAACUGUUGAAUCAAAGUGGAUACCGGACGGGAAUCCUUGGGAAAAUACACGUUGGCCCCUCGGCGGUCUAUCCCUGGGAGGUGACAAGGGAGAGCGAAACUCGGGAUGUGGCUGUGAUCGCAGACCAGGCAAAUGAGUUCCUUCUGGAAUCCAAGACGGAUGAGAGACCAUUUUUCUUGACGAUCGGAUUCCAUGACCCUCAUCGCGACCGCACAAGGGGUGGGUUUGGAAACGACCAGGAAUAUGAUCCCCGGAUCAAGAAGGGCUCCUACAAAAGUGAUAAUGUGGAGAUUCCUCCCUUCAUCAACGACUCUCCCGGUGCUCGGUUCGAGUUGGCUGAGUACUACAACUCAAUCCAUCGCCUUGAUCAGGGAGUUGGUUUUGUUUUGAAGGCCUUUGAAGAAACUGGUCUAGCUGAAUCGACCCUGGUGAUCUUUAUCAGUGACAACGGCCCACCGUUUAUCAACUCUAAAACAACUCUUUUCGAUGCAGGUGUUCGACUGCCUCUCAUAAUCAAGCACCCGAAGAUACAACCCGCGAACAACUCUGACAUGGUGUCAUAUGUCGAUAUCCUUCCGACCCUGCUUGACUAUGCUGGGCACCCCAAUACAGUUGACCCUACAAAGAAGCGCCUUGGACGCUCACUUCUCCCUAUCCUCGGGACAGACGGAAAGGAAUCGGAGCGCAACCAAGUCUUCGGCUCGCAUACCUUCCACGAAGUAACAAAUUACUGGCCAACACGAUUCAUUCGGGAUCGACGCUACAAAUACCAUCGCAACCUCGCAUGGCGGCUAGACUUCCCAUUCGCAGCUGACAUCUAUGGAUCCCUUUCGUGGGAAGAUAUUCGAAAUUCCCCAGACAGCGAGAUCAUGAUUGGAGAGCGGAAGCUCAAGGAUUACUUCUUCCGCGCGCCCGAAGAGCUGUAUGAUUUGCAGAACGACCCGAAUGAGGUGACUAAUUUGGUCAAAGACCCGCAACACGCCGCGGUGCUUGAUGACCUGAGAGCGCGAUUGGAGGCAUGGCAGCGACGGACGGAGGAUCCUUGGCUCUACCGAGACGGAGUGUCUACCUGGUUUGUGAAAUACCAUUUCCCAUCGGGCCUGAGAAUCCCAGACCGGUUAGACUUUGAUGCGGCACGGCCCGGAAACCAGGACCAGAAAUCCUUUGAUGGAAACUUGACUUGGGGCGCCGAUGGCGAUUUAAUUCCAAGCGGCCCAAGCACUUAA